UGUGAUGCACGAUGUUGCACCGAUGCCGGUAAGAACCGACGGCAUGGCGCGAGCAGACCUUGGCUUCCUUGCGUCAUGACGAGUGGAUAUACUCUGGCAAGUACUAGUCCCCAGCACCGCGUAGAGGUGGCUGCCCAUAGCUGGGGUGUCUCAGAACGGGGUCCUAAGAACAGAAAGAACCUUUUCAUCUGGGAACGGUCCAGGGCACAGGUGAUACGACAUGGGGCCCAUGGCCAUGAAGGGGAUGAUACUAAACAGGCCCACCAUUCCUGUCAGGGGAUAUCUCCGGAGAGAUCGUACGACACAGGCCCGCCAUUCCUGUGAAGGUGCACACUGUUGCGCUGGCGC